UCGGCGCUGUAGUCGUACGAAACUGGUCAAAAGAGUGUUGUUUUUUUUUCUUGUUUAACACGAUCAUCAUCAUUCGUACACACAGUUGUCACAACAAGAAACAGAGUGAAAUGAGAAAACAAAGUGUAUAGACAAGCUCAGUUUUUAAUUAUUUUAACACAUUCGAUUUGUUUGUUUUCUGAAUGAAACACACUUGGAAUUUCUAGAUCGGCAAUAUGUCGAAUAAAUUUAAUGGUUUUACAGUGGAUGAAAUUCACAAAAUUAACACAAAAACCGAACACGUUAAACGGUCAAAUGGAGGGACAGUGCGCAAGCAUACAACAAAAAAACUGAAUGGAGACACAAAAUCAGCCGAUCGAAUUGCCAAAAGUGAUAUAAAUCAAAAUAAUGCAAUUAAAAAUGCAACGUCAGCAAACGAUACAAAUUUAUCGGAGUCAACAAUUCAAGCAUUUCACGAUGCAAUGCAUUUUAAACCUUUGUCACAGACACGUAGCACAAACGAUAUGGAUACUGCACACGACAAUUUAAAUACCGAUCAUGACGCAAUAAAUUCAGAUCAACAAGUUGAAAAUACCGCCGAUAAUAUGGUAAAUAAUAAUUGUGCGAACCAAAACACGGAAUACGAUUUAAAUGAUCGCGCAACAUUAUUCCAAGGAAUUUCACUGAAAGAUUUUGAAAAGCAUCACAAAUUAAUGAAAGAAUCAAACUUGGAGAAACGUAGACUACUCAGCAAUGCAAUCGAACAACGUUUUGAACAGUCCAUAGCCGAAGCAACAAAAAUUGCCAAAAUUCGUGAAGAACUUGAUAAACUGGAUCAAGAACUGGCCGCCGAUGUUGAAAUACUGCGCAAAGAAAUUGAAGCCGUUACGUUACAGUAUACAGCAACAAAGGAGUCCUAUCAUCAAAUUGAAUCACAAUUCUUAACGGCAAAAUUGAAUUUGCAUCACAUUUCCGAAAAAAAGGAAAUGCUUACAGAGCAUUUGUGUACAAUCAUUUCGCAUAAUGAGGAUCGCAAAGCGAAAAAAUUAUCCGAAUUAUUAGACAAGGUUGGCCUAGACGCAGGCUCCGACUCAAGUGCAAAUGGAAUUCACAACGAUAAAACGUGACUCCCAUUUUAUAUUAACUCAAUUUAUUUAAGACUAAUUUUUUUCAUUCGAAAACAACGACGCCGGCUAAAUUGAUGUUAGUUAACAUUUCAACAGCAAUCGUAGUAAAAAUUAAUAUAGCAAUAACCAAAAGUACGGAUCGUACAACAACUAAAAAUGUUCGUCGACUUUAUGUUUAAUGUUUAUACUAAAUAUUAAUGAACAAAAUAAAUGACACUCAAUUUAAAUCUAA